AGCUCAGCCAAAAACAAGACUGAGUGCAUGUAUGUGGAGUCAUGGCAGACACCACUGCAGAGGUCUCAGGCCCGGCCAUCGCAGUCGAGGGCGCCAGAGCAAUGCGAUCGAAGCAUGGCCUGCAAGAGUCCCUGCAACUCAGGAACCAGCAGGACCAGAAAGAUCCUGAAGACGUGAACGGUGAUUCAAGUGGUGAAAAAACUCUGGAAUGGCUCUCCUGCCAGAGUGCAGGGGAUAACGGUGCAGAAUUGAGACCUUUCCCUUUAGCAGACCCUCGAAGCCCAGACGAGUCGAAAAGGGAAGAGGAACAGGAUGCUCGUGAAGCAGAGAGCUUGGAGACAGACGGGGUGAGGUGCGACUCAUGCAUCGAGGUCCCCCAGAAGGCGCUCAAGUCCUGCCUUACCUGCCAGGUGUCCUACUGCCAGGUGCACCUGCGGCCUCACCUGGAGAACGCACGCUUCCAGAAACAUCGGUUGGUAGAGCCACUGUGCAACAUUGAGGGCCCUGCCUGCCAGGGCCAUGGCAGGCCCUUGGAGCUGUUCUGUCACGUGGACCGCUGCUGCAUGUGCAGGGCAUGCGCUGAUGAGGAUCACCAGGGCCACCAGGUCGCACCCCUGGGGGAGGUGCGCAUGCAGAUGGAGAAAGAGCUGCGGCAAAAAGAGGCAGAGGUAGAGAAAGUGGCCGUUUCUGCGGAGAAUGCCAUCGUCAAGCUGCAGGACAACGUCACGUCCCUGAAGCGCUCGGUGGCCGACGUCUUCACCCUGAUCGGCGGGCAAUUUUCGGAGCUGGAGGCCGCUGUGGUGAAAGCCCACAAAGCGAUGACGGAAUCAUUGGAGGAGGACGUGAGGAAGGCCACAGGGCAAGCCGAGGGCGUCCGACUACACCUGGAGCAGAAGAGCACUGAUCUGAAGAAGAUACGGGCCCAGAUGGAGAAGAUGAGCAGGAAUAAUAACGAUAUCGACUUCAUACAGGAGUACUUGCAGUUGAAGGCAGGCAGCCUGGAUUUCAGUCUCCCUGGCGUAUACAUCAGCCUGACGGAGCAGCUGGCUGCAGUGAGCCGUGUGGUCGUUGAAUCCACACAGGAGCUGUGCGAGAAGCUGCCUUCCAUGUAUAAGGAGAAGCUCAUCAAGACCCACAAGAGAGAGAAGCUGCCGAUAAGAAGUACAAUGCCAGUCGUUGUCGCGGAGCCCCACCCCCAGGUUCGAGAAGACUUCCUGAAAUAUGGUGCCUCUUUGACCUUCGACCCAAACACUGCCCACAAAUUCCUGCGCCUAACGAUGGAGAAUAGGAGAGUGACCAACUGCACACCGUGGCAGCAGAGUUACUCCAACUCCCCUGAACGGUUCGAGCACUGGCGCCAGGCAUUGGCCGUGGAGAGCUUUUGCCUUGGCCGCCAUUACUUUGAGGUGGAGGCCAAGGGGGAUGGUGCCCACAUCGGCCUCACCUACAAGAGCAUCAACCACAAGAGCGAAGACAGCGACGGCUGUAUCACAGGCAACGACUUUUCCUGGUGUCUGCAGUGGAGGAGCAAUGGUUUCUCUGCCUGGCAUGCGGAUGUAGAGAUGCCCCUGGCAGCAAAGAAGUUUGUGCGCAUCGGGGUCUUUGUGGACUAUGAUGGAGGACAGCUGGCUUUUUAUGGUGUGACCGACAGCAUGAUGCUCCUCCAUCAGUUCCGAGCCGAGUUCUUGGAGCCUCUCCACCCAGCCGUCUGGCUCCCCAAGAAGGACGGUGCCAUCCUGCUGCUCAGUCCCAAAGAGGCCACUACAAUUGAGGACUCCCCUCUUAUGUCACCUCCCUCCACCCUGUCUCCCUCCACCACAUCGCCAUCCUCCCUGUCACCCUCCCUCCAGUCACCCUUCACCUAGUCUCCAUAUAGUCACCCUCCACCCAGUUGCUGCACUCAUCCCUGUCACCCUCCACUCAGCCUCCCUCCUCCCUGUCACCCUCCACCCAGCCCCCCUCCUCCCUGUCACCCAUCAUCCAACCCCCCUCCUCCAUUACCCUCCAUCGAGCCCCCCUCAUCCCUGUCACGCUCCACCCAGCCCGCUCAUCCCUGUCACCCUCCAUACAGUCACAGUGUACAUUUUGAUUAGUAGAUGCUCUUAUCAAUAAGCAGCUCACAUACAAACAACUUCAGAUGUUGCUGAUUAACUGGUUGCAAAACGGAUAGACAUUUAGUACAGAAAUUCAUUUAUUUUCUUGAGAACCACUGAUAUUUUGUCACAUAUCUAGAUACUGGGCCACUUUGCUAACCACUGAACUGGAAAAUAAUCCCACCAUUAAAUCAUGAAUGUAUUUCUAAGAGUAAGUAGUUUAAACUAAGCAAAGGUACAUGGACACAGUGAUACCAGUUUUCUGUGUUAGAAUCCCUCAGUAAAAACAUGCACUCCUUGCUAAAUGUUUAUACCAGUACUAAUUACUGUUAACUGUUAAACCACUGUCAUUGCACAUGCUUUUGCAGUAAUAAAAUCAAAGUACACAUUUUA